AUGGGCGCCGACGAGAGAAAUAGCACGAUACAUCCGCCGGCAGCGGAAGUGGUGGUGGUGAUGGUGCCCUUCGUAGGUCAUGGUCAUCUCAACCAGCUGCUACACCUAUCCCGCAUUAUAUCCAGCUACAAGAUCCCCGUCCACUUCGCAACAACCACCACCCAUAUCCGACAAGUGCGCUCCCGCUUCCACGAUUUCAGUUCACACUCCGCCGCCUCCAACUUCAUCCACUCCCACGGAUUCCCAACACCUCCCUUCUCUUCUCCUCCACCCAACCCUUCCAACCGGUUUCCUACUCACCUACAACCGGCCAUUGAUUCAUCCCUCCAUCUCCGCCGCCCAGUUACCGAGCUCAUACGUUCUCUCUCUAGCACCACCAAGAGAGUCGCCGUCGUCCAUGAUUCCCUGAUGUUGUACGUUGUUCAAGACGUAAAAUCUAUACCAAACGCCGUGACUUACAUCUUCAAUCCGGUCUCAGCUUUUGACACUUUUUGGGGAGCCUGGGAGAGAAGGAGCAGACCCUUCCCGGUGGACCCGGGAAUGCUAAAACGGCUGCCGUCUGAUGAUGGAUGUUUCUCGCCGGAGUUUAUAGACUUUCUGAAUCUUCAAAUCAUAGCCCAGGACGGUUCACAUGUCGGAGAGUUAUACGAUUCAUCAAGAGCCAUCGAAGGUGAAUAUCUUGAAUAUUUAGAGAGAGAAGAGAUUAAUGGCAAGAAGAAGUUUUGGGCAAUAGGGCCGUUAAUUAAUCAUGUGGACAAAUCAACUUUUAAGGUUUCACAUAACCGUCACAAAUGCUUGCAAUGGCUGGACAUGAUGCCUCCUAGUUCCGUCGUGUAUGUGUCUUUUGGGACAACAACAACCUUCACCGACGAACAAAUUACAGAGCUGGCUAUUGGGUUAGAGAGAAGCCAGCAGAGGUUUAUCUGGGUGGCACGAGCGGCGGACAAAGGGGAUGUGUUUGGUGAGGAGGCUAAAAUGGUGGAUUUGCCGGAAGGGUUUGAAGAGCGGGUGGAAGGACGGGGUCUGGUGGUGCGUGAGUGGGCACCGCAAAUGGAGAUUUUGGGACAUGUCGCGACCGGUGCGUUCAUGACUCAUUGUGGAUGGAACUCAUGUACAGAGAGUAUAUCAAGGGGAGUGCCAAUGGCUACUUGGCCGAUGCAUUCUGAUCAGCCACGAAAUGCAUUUUUGAUAACUGAUGUUCUUCGGAUUGGGUUGGUGGUGAACGAUUGGGAACAUAGAGAUGAGUUGGUGAAGUCGGAGGUGGUGGAGGAUGUUGUUAGGAGAUUAAUGGAUUCCAAGGAAGGGGAGGAGGUGAGGAAGAGGGCGGCGGAAUUGGCGGACAAAGUGCAGAAGUCGGUGGAGGAGAGCGGUGAAUCUCGUAAAGAGAUUGAUUCGUUCAUUUCUCACAUCACUCGGCAAUACCAAUAG